GAUACGAUACGGCGAUCGUGAUUUCGUAUUCAUAGUGUUUUUGUCGGGUGCAGUUGUACGGUGGCUUCAAUACACAACUGUACAGCUUGUGUUAUCGUGAUUAUGCUGUAUACUUUACUUGUGACCUGAUUUAUGACUGUGUGCUUCGUAAUACACACCAGCACUUUAUUUGAUUUUUGGAGCAUGUAACAUUCGAAAUGUCGACGGAGUCUCCCCCCGCAUCGCCGAGGAAAGCCCGCAAAUCGCUAGCUGAGAAGGGGCAGCAUUUGGAGCCCAUUAACGUGUCCAAAACAGUGAGUAGUAAUUGCAACCUUCCUGGUGAAUGUCGGCAAACUGGUUCUUAUACUGCCAAUACGAGUGAUAACUUUGACUCAGAGCAACGCGAUAUUACAAAUGCAGCUGCAGAACGAACUUGCAAUAACAUUCAGAAUCCCUCGAAUUCUGAGGGUACUUUGUAUUCAGAUACAGUAGAUUCUCAUUGUGAUGAAAAUGUAGAACGAGAAGAGAUAUUAAAGCAGGAAACUGCGUCUGCCCCACAUCAUGCACAUGGCAAUUUUAAACUUGGUGCCGACAGCGUUGAUCUUGAUGAUACAGCUUUUAAAUCUUUCAAUGUAAAUGUUACCCCAGAUGGAUUUUUAUCGCCGACGUCACCGACUUCGCCCACCAGUCCAGACCCCGAUGGAAUACGAUCACCACGGAAGUCGUCAAUGCGUGACCCCAAUCGACCUCGAACACCGCCGGGGACACCCUCCCGGAAGUCAGUUCGCUUUGCUGACCACCUAGGGUUGGACUUGGAGACUGUCAAAACCAUAUUGAGAACGGAAUCACCACCUGACUUGCACGUACAUGUUGACGAGGAGAAACAGACGAUAAGUGCCAAGGUUCUGUCGUUGUGCUUCCAACAACCUGGUGGACAACCAGACUUCUUAUCGCGGCUCAACUCCUUAAAUGUCUGCCUCGAGAACGUAGUAGUCCAUGAAUUUACACUCAUAGGCACCAUCAAGGUCAGAAACCUGGGUUUCGAGAAGGAAGUCAGGAUUCGACAAUCGUCAGACAACUGGAGUUCUUAUGUUGACACCAUGGCAAUGUACGUCCAGGGUUCUUGUAAUGGACCUACAGAUCGGUUCUCUUUUGGCCUGUCAGGACCUCGGAGUAUGGCACCAGGAGCAAUACUCACUUUUGCCAUCUAUUACAAGGUAGGGGGACAAAUUUUUUGGGAUAACAAUGGCGGGCAGAACUACUCUCUUGUGUGUGAAGAGGUUAAAAAACUUUGACAUGUUUGUUAUCUUGGAGUGAUAGGUCAGCUCUUUAACCAGGUGCCAUGGCAACUGAGGAUGCGGUUACGGAAGCUUCAAAGUGAAAAGUAUCUUCCCAUAAUUCAUGUGGUAGGAUUCGCCCGGGGAAUCGCUCAAGUAGUGCAAAUUGAUUUUGGAUCAACCGUGAUUAAAUAGAGAUUUUAUUGGUGAUAUAUUUUGAUUCGAUUCAGGUAUUGGAAAUCAACUGGCUACUAGACAUAGAAUGAAAAACUGGACGGGUCGAAAAAGAAGAAGAUGAAUUGAAGAAGAAAAAAAAUCCUCAUUGCCAUACGAGUAUUGCUAGCAACAUGACUUUUGUAAGCUUGCCAUUUACAAGAUAAUUGUUUAGGCCAUCUUGUAAUGAAAGACACAAUCGUUUUGGAUCAUAUUCUAAGAGUCUUCGUAAUAAUAAACUAAAAACGUGCAGUGCUAAUUGUCUGAAUUUCAACCUUGUUUGCAAUAUACAGUAAUAUACAAUAAUAUAUAAUGUUCAUAUAUUAUAGGAUUAGGACGUUUAUAUUUACUAUGCAAAGCUCAAAAUACUCAACAAUUGUGAGUAAUAUUACUGACAAUAUAAAUGAGGGAAAAUGUUCAUUUACCGAGCUUUGUGCUACAAUGUUGUAUAGUUGAACAAAUUUUUAUCGUAUUAAA